AAUUAUACAGUUGGUUUGGAGCAGGCUUUUGGAGAGGUCGUUUAUGUGAGCAGGCUACUAUCGACUAAUGCUUCUCCAUAGCAGGAAAACAGUUACAUGUUUGAAGAAAAAAUUUCGUAAUGAAAUUGAAGCUAAAAUUGGACAAUAUUUUAACUUAACUUUUAAUUUUGUAUGCAUAUGGCUCAGCUGUUCAAUUAUGCAGAUCUUAAUAAUAUUUUUUACAUAACCUUCGCAGUAGUCCUAGUCUAUAUAAUAUUCACAUAAUUCAUCUGAACUAUAUUUAAUUCAUAAUUGUAUUAUAGAUUGAAUAUUUCUGGGAGCUGUAGGUGAAUCAUCCUGUGAAGCCACUUGACCAUGGAUUCCCCAAUGUGCCUGGUCGAAAACGCCGACGGCGAGCUUCAUGUAGUUCCUGGUGCCAUCAAGUACCUGAUGGGACUGAACCAGCAAGUCGUAGUGGUGGCGGUGGUCGGGCUGUACCGCACCGGCAAGUCCUACCUCAUGAACAAGCUGGCUGGAAAGAGAAAAGAUAUUGAUUUAGGUUUUGCCCUGGGAGCCACCAUCCAGUCCAAAACUAAGGGAAUCUGGAUGUGGUGUGUGCCUCACCCUGAAAAAAGACACCACACCCUGGUGCUGCUGGAUACUGAGGGGCUGGGGGACGUGGAGAAGGGAGAUUCUAAGAAUGAUGCCUGGAUCUUCUCCUUGGCCAUUCUGUUAAGCAGUACUCUGGUCUACAAUAGUCGAGGGACCAUUGACAAUCAAGCCGUGGAGAACCUCCAAUAUGUGAGUGAGCUGACAGAGCGGAUCAAGGUGAAUUCUUCCAGUGCAGCUUCAUCCUCUAACGAUGACGAGGAAGGAGGGGACACCCAGUUUGUGCAGUUCUUUCCGAAUUUUGUGUGGGCCGUCAGAGAUUUCACUCUACUACUCGAGAUCGACGGCAGAAACGUCACUGAAGAUGAGUAUCUGGAGCAUUCCCUGGAACUCAGAAAAGGUGGGGGUAAAAAGAACCUGAUGUACAACCUCCCACGAGAGUGCAUCCGGAACUACUUCCCCUCGCGCAAGUGCUUUGCAUUCCCCACUCCUACAACUCCUGCCAACAUGCCCCAUCUGGAUUCCAUGGACGAGGCUGACCUCUGUGAAAGCUUCCGAAAGGUUGCAGAUACUUUCUGCCGCUUCAUUUUCCAGGAGAGCCGUACAAAAACUGUGAAAGGGGGACACAAAGUAACCGGGAGAAUGCUCGGCCACUUGGUUAAAACCUAUGUGGAGACCAUAGCCAAAGGCUCUGUGCCCUGUCUGGAGAAUGCGGUGCUGGCCAUGGCUCAAAUUGAGAAUCAGGCUGCUGUGGAUGAGGGCCAGGUGGUAUACCAGAGGGGUAUGGAGGAGGUGAAGGCCUUAUUCCCUGUGGACAUGGGUCAGAUUUCAGAUCAUCACCUCCGCUCAGACCACCAGGCCACGCAGGCUUUCAUGAAACGAUCCUUCAAAGACGAAAAUGGGGAUUUCUUGAAAGCGUUGGCGGUGGCCAUUGCAAAGCACUACGCUGACCUUCUCAUCCAGAACGAGGAUGCCUCAGAGAAGAAGUGUGUGGCUCUUCUGGAGAAGCUGUCUGCUCCGAUGGCCCAGAAGAUUAAGGAGGGGAUCUAUGCCACACCUGGAGGAUAUGAGCUUUACUGCAGUCACCAUGACAACAUGGUGGCACAGUACCGGGCCGAGCCUGAUAAAGGAGUUAGGGCUGAGGAGAUUCUUGAGCAGUUCCUGAGGGAGAAGACUCUAGAGAAGAAUUCCAUCCUGCAAGCUGACAAAAAAUUGACAGAAAAUGAGAAAAAGAUCCACGAACAUGGAAAAGAUCAGGGGCUGUCUGUUGACUCCAUAUGAGAGAGAACAUGAGUAGUCCAGAAGCUAGAGUGUUUUCCUACCUCAACUCUUCCUUUGGACCAUGCAGAGGAGAAGGGGAGAUCAGCUGUGCUGGAGCAGGAGAAGAAGGCUGCUGAAGAGAAACGGUUGGAGAUGGAGCGCACCAUGGAGGACGAUCGCAGAAGCAAAGAUGAGAAGUUGAAGCAGAUGGAAGGGAAGAUGAAGGAGGAGAUGAAGCAACAGGAACGGGACUUCCACAGGGCCUUGGAGUGCAAGAUGCAGGAGCAGAAGGAUCUGCUGGAGAAGGGCCACAAGGAGAAGGCUGACUUAAUGAGACAGGAGAUAGAGGAGUUCAAGAAGAGCAACAAACCUGAGAAGGAAGGAGGUGGUUUCCUUGAGUCUACAGUCAUGCCUGUUCUUCGACUUGGAUUGGACGCUGCCAACACUUUCUUUCAAUAUAAGCUCAUGAGGGGAGCUUUUAUGAAGUAAAAACAUUGUGUAUUACUUGAGCAGGUACACAGACACAUUUCUUAAUUUUCCCCCUUCCACUUUCCUCUUCCAUGUUAGCGGUAAUGCUGCAAUUAGUUGGUUGUAGUUUUGGGGAGGGCAGACAUUUCCAUAUGUUUUUGUUAGCUGCAUGUGUGACAACUCCACCAGUCCUAUUUAUGAUAUCUUUUGCGAAGAUGAUACUUUUUUGUUUUUGAUCAAUUAGUAUAUUUGAGCGUAACCACAAUUUGUUGUAUUAUUUGUUCUGUCUUUUCUGGUGGAUUAAAUAUAAAUUGCAACCAGCUUGUUUUAAAAAUAGUUAUAUUUGGGAGAUGAUCUCCUUUUCAAAUAAUAAUGAAAGUGAGAGGUUGUAAUCUGAAUAAAGGAAAGAAGGCCAUUCUUGAACAUAG